AUGGGGUUCGGUGAUGGGGUUCGGUGCCGCAGCUCGGGGCGCUGGGUGCUGGAGGCGGGGGGCGCGUGGCACGCGCGGUGGAUGGCGCUGGCGGCGCUGCCGGUGAUCUACAACUGCCUCGGCCUCACCUGCAGGGCGGCGUUCCCGGCGGUGCGGCAGUUUGGGGCUCUCUGGACGGCUCUGGACGCGCUCAGCGACGCCGUCUACGUGGCCGACAUCGGCGUCCGCAUGCACACGGGUUUCCCGGAGUCGGGGGCCGCGGUGCCGUCUCUGGGCCGCGUGCGCCGCCGGUACCUGCGGUCGCGGUGGUUCUGGUGGGACGCGGCGUCGGUGCUGCCGGCGGAGCUGCUGGCGCCGGCGUCGCCGUGGGCGCGCGCCAACCGCUGCCUGCGCGCCGCCCGCCUGCCCGAGGCCUUCGCGCGCUGGGAGACGCGGGCGCCGCGCCCCAACGCCCUGCGCGCCGCAAAGCUGCUGCUCUACGUCUUCGCCGCCAUCCACGGCCUCGCCUGCGCCUACUUCGGCCUCUCGCGCCGCCUCGGCCUCGGCACCGACGCGUGGGUCUGCCCCAACGGCACCGCCUUCGCCCGACCGCGCCGGCAGUACCUCCACAGCCUCUACUUCGCCACCCUCAUCCUCACCACCGUGGGCGACACUCCCGAGCCGCGGCGCCACGAGGAGUUCCUCUUCCUCACCGUCGGAUACCUCUUGGCCGUCUUGGGCUUCGCCACCAUCACCGGCAGCGUCAGCGCCGUCAUCUCCAACAUCAACGCCGCCGAUGCCGCCUUCUACCCGGACGCCGAGCCGGUCCGGCGCUACCUGCGGUCGCAGGGGGUGUGCGGGCGGCUGGUGCGGCGCGUGGCCUCGUGGCACCACCACCUGCGGGCGCAGCGCAAGCUGCCGGCGGAGCGGGCGGUGCUGCGGUACCUGCCGCCGGCGCUGCAGGCCGAGGUGGUGGCCAGCGUCCACCUGCCGGCGCUGCGCCGCGUCGACCUCUUCCGCGGCUGGGAGCCGGGCGUGCUGCGGCAGCUGGUGCUGCGCCUGCGCCCGCAGGUCUUCGGCCCCGGCGAGUUCGUGUGCCGCCGCGGCGACGUCGGCCGCGAGAUGUAUUUCAUCCGCGAGGGACGCUUGGCCGUGGUGGCCGACGACGGCGUCACCCACCUCGCCGUGCUGGGCCAGGGGCUCUACUUCGGCGAGAUCAGCCUCAUCAACAUCAAAGGGAACCCGUUUGGGAACCGCCGCACGGCCGACAUCGUGAGCCUGGGCCACUCGGACCUCUUCUGCUUGGCCAAGGCGGACCUGGGCGAGGUGCUGGCGCAGUUCCCCGGCGCCCGCGCGGCGCUGGAGGCCAAAGGGCGGCGGCUGCUGCUGCGCGCCGGGCGCUGGGACGCGGGCGCCGAGGCGGCGGCGGCGGAGGCCGAGCGGCGGGCGCGGGCGCUGCGGGCGCGGUUGGAGGCGCUGCGGGCGCGGGCGGCGCGGGCGGCGGCACAGCUCGAGGCCAACGCCUUCAAGAUGGCGCUGCGGCUCCAGCGCCUCGAGGCCCCGCGGCACCCCAGGGCAGGAGGGGCGCGGAGGGGACCCCACGAGCAUCAAGGUCACCCCGGGGUGCGGGACAAAGGGGUGCAGCGUCCCCCCAAGAUGCGGGAUACAGGGAUGCAGGGUCCCCCCAAGAUGAGGGAUACAGGGGUGAGGGAUGCAGGGGUGCAGGGUCCCCCCAAGAUGCGGGACGCAGAGAUGCGAGAUACAGGGGUGCAGGGUCCCCCCAAGAUGCGGGACGCAGAGAUGCGAGAUACAGGGGUGCAGGGUCCCCCCAAGAUGAGGGAUGCAGGGUUGCAGGGUCUCCCCAAGAUGCGGGAUGCAGGGAUGCGAGAUACAGGGGUGCAGGGUCCCCCCAAGAUGCGGGAUGCAGGGAUGCAGGGUUCCCCCAAGAUGCGGGAUCCCAGGAACGGUGCCGGCUGUUUCCAGGGAACGGUGCCGGCCGUUUCCAGGGAACACCGAGAACCGUCGCUCGGUAACAAUGAGAGCCGUUCAUGA